AUGCCUGCAGGUACUGUGUUGGGUUCUUCAACUGUGUCUCGUACAGGCUUUACAGCCAAUAUUUCCCUCUUGAAGGGAGGCACUAUUAGUCAAACUGUUAUAGGUGCUGUUAUUUCAAGUCUUGUUGUUGCCAGUGUUGUUGCUACCAUCUUGAUGGUAACUUUGAAUGCAACAGUUUACAAUCCUGUUGCUGUGGAUGAUUAUUAUCAAGUUUAUAAGAAAGUGCCUUCAAAUUUCUAUCCACUUUCUAAUGAUUAUGAUACUAGAUCUUCAAAUUUAACAAUUCUCAAUAUUACUCAACCUGCUCAUGGUAAAGCUGUGUUAUCUGCCAAGAAUACAAUUGUUUACACAUCAAGUGGAAGUUUUGCAGGAAAUGAUACAUUAGAAUAUACCAUCACCAAUUCAUGGACUGUUGCCACAGCAAAAAUCCAUGUCCAAGUUUUGAAUCGUGCUCCAGAUGUUGUUGAUUUGCAAUAUACAGUCAAUAAGAAUUCAAAGAAUAAUAAUUUUGAUGUUUUCAACUUUGUUACUGAAAAUGGAGGAAUGACUUCUGAUGUAGAUGGAGAUACACUUUUUAUUACUUCAUUGGGUGGUUCUGUUUCUGAGGGAAGUUCCAUUUCAUUUGAUGAAUUGUUUGUUUAUUAUACUCCUGCUUAUGGCUUUAAUAAUGAAGAGCAGCUUAACUAUACUGUAUCAGAUGGUUAUUCCAAUGUAACAGCUACUCUCAAGAUUAUUGUUGCAAAUGAUGCCCCAACUGCUGAGCCAGAUUCCUAUACUGUUAAUAAGAAUACCAUGGCAACUUUGAGUGUCUUGUCAAACGAUUAUGAUAUCAAUGGUGAUAAUAUUACAAUUGUUUCAGGUUCUACUGGUCUCGGUUCUACUGGUACUGUUCUUGUUGGUGCUCAAGGUGCUUUCUUGCAAUAUAUUCCAAAGCCAUUCAUUUCAACUCCUGCCAGUGAUGCUUUCGAAUACACUAUUACAGAUGGAGCACUCACAAGCUCUUCAUUUGUUUUUAUCAAAAUAGUCAACUUGCCUCCUUCUGCAAAGGAUUUGACUAUUGAUGUUCCAAAGAAUUCAAAGAAUAAUCUCAUUGAUUUGACUUUCUCUGAUGAAGAUAUCUUGGAUACUGUUACGUUGACUCCAACUACCAAAUUGACUCGUGGUUCUUCCUCCUUGUCUGUUGUUACUUCUGUUAAAAGCGUUUACUAUCCAAGUGGUGACUUUUAUCAAGUUAAUAGCAAUGCCUAUACUCUUCUUUACACUCCAGAGCAAGGUGUUGUCUACUCUGAAUCCUUCAAAGUCAAAGUUAGUGAUGGUGUUGAUUCUGUACUUGCCACUAUUACUAUCAAUGUAGUUCCUUCUCCUCCUAUUCCAGUCAAUGAUACAGCAACUUGUCAAAAGAAUGGACAAGUCACUGUCGAUGUUAUCAGCAAUGAUUACAGUCAAUCUGGUGAUGUCUUGAAGCUUAAUUUUGUCUCUGCUACCACUUUGAAUGGAGGUAAAAUUACCAGACUAGACGAUAACAAUACCCUUUAUGAACCAGCUCAUGAUUUCACAGGUGAAGAUGUUGCUUCAUACAUUGUCAUUAAUACCAAUGCCGAUGGAAGCACUGAAGGCACAUUCAAUCGUACUGGAUAUGUAAUUAUUAAGGUUGUUAAUACUGCUCCUGUUGCUGUUGCUUCAAGCUUUACAGUUUCAAAGGGUUUAACUUCUUCUAUUAAUCCAAUCUUGAACAGUUAUGAUCCAAAUGGUGAUAAGAUUACUUAUAAUAGUUUUUCUCAAAGCACGUAUGGAUUGUCUAUUAGUUUCACACCUGGUAAUGAUUAUGCUAAUUAUACUGCUUUGUCUUCAGUUUAUGUUGACUAUGUCGAAUUUGAUGUUGCUGAUGUUGAAAAAUUAGUUUCCAAUAAGGCUGUUGUCACUGUUCAUGUUGUCAAUGAUGCUCCUGUUCCAGUUGAUGAUUUAGCAACUUCAUUUGUUUCCUUCACUCCAAGUUCUUCUGGUUUGGGAGUUCAAAACUUUACAUACACUUGUACUGAUGGUCCUUCAACAAGUAAUAUUGCUUCUGUUUCUAUUACUGUUACAAAUAAUGACAAGCCACAAGAUAAGACCAUCUCAAAGACUGUUCACUGGAGCACUCAAUCCACUGGUUCUGUAAUUAACAUUUUCAGUAUUGCUCAACCUGUUGAUAACGAUGGUGAUUCAUUGUCAAUUGUUACCACUCCAGAUCAAGCUCCAGCACACGGUAGUAUUACAAUCUCAAAUGGUGAUGCUACUACAAUUCCAAACGUUAUUUACAAGCAAAAUGCUGGAUACUUGGGAAGUGAUUCAUUCAAGGUUCAAAUCACUGAUGGUUCAAGCUUUUCUAUUGUCACUGUCAAUGUUAUAGUUUAUGAUAACGCUCCAGUUUCAAAUGAUAUCUCUGAAACAAGACAUUUUACUGAUGUAAGCAAUGGAUAUACUAAGAAUGCUAUUGCUUGGUUCAACGUCACUGAUUCUGACUCUGAAGAUACAGUUGUUGUUAAGGGAGCCUCAACUUCUAGUUGUGGUUCUGUUUCCUACACCACCUCCACUGUUACUUUCACUAGUGCAGCAGGAAGUACUGGUGUAUGUGUUGUAACUGUUACUUUUACUGAUGGCUUAUUGAAUAGUGUUGCCAAAUGGAAUAUCGAUGUACAAAAUUCCGCUCCAAUUGCCACACCAUUCCCAACAAGUAUUCACUGGACCAAGAAUCAAUCUCUUAUUGAUAUUUCUUCAAGUAUUUCCGAUAGUGAUGGUGAUUCUGUAUCUUUCUCAAUUUCUGCAUAUGACAGCUCUUAUGGUACUCCAACUAUUAAUUCUGAUAAGGUUAUUGUUUGGAAUCUUCCAAAAACUGUCAAGUUAGGAGCUUCUCAAUUGACCAUUUCUUACACAGAUGGUUGGAUCAGUAAGACUGCCUCCUAUCCUGUUACUAUUCAAAAUUACGCUCCAACAGCAGUUUCAAAGAAUAUUGUAUCCAAGUGGUCCACUUGUGUUUCUGGUAUUUCCAUUGACAUUUUGAGUGAAUGUUCGGACUCUGAUGGUGACAGUUUGGCAUUUGAUACCACACCAAUUGUUUCAGCUCCAUCACAAGGAUCUGCCUCUGUUGUUUCAUCCAAGUUGGUUUACAAACAAUCAAGUGCUUCUAUUGGAAAUCCACCAACCCUUGGAGCCAAGACAUUCACUUACAAGGCAUAUGAUGGAGCUCUCUACUCCUCAGCUUCCACUGUUACAGGUGUUAAAUAUUUGAGAAGUGCAUUUGCAUCAAGUGAUGCUUGUAAGGUUAUUCUCUCAGAUGGUUUUGAGUCAUCUUCUGCCACAUUGACCACAAACUCUUACAAUAAUGCUCCAGUUGCUGCCAAUCUUACCUUGACCUACUCUGGUGGUAACAUUCAAUAUGGUAUCACUAUUGACGUUAUUUCUUUAGCAACUGAUUCUGACAUUCAAGAUGUUCCAUAUUUGAAGAUUGAGAAUGUAGGUUCUUCAAGCAUGUUUGGCAGUGGUGCUGCCCAACCAUCUGACGGUAAAAUUGUCUAUUUCCCUGACCCAAGCUUAGUCAAGUCAUUGGGUGUUGACACUGUUCCAUAUACCAUUAGUGAUGGAUUGACUACAUCAAUUGGUUACUUGAAGAUUAACAUUACAUCAACUUCUCCAUCCAGUACUGAACAAUACUACAAUGUUCAUUUCAGAUACUCAAGUGUUGGAUAUGUAUUCUUACCUCUCGAUAAGCUUUCAGAGACUGGUACAACUCUCGAUCAAACACCAUUAUCUGAUCCAAACCACGGGGGUAUAGGAUCAUUGUCUGUUUCUUCAAAUAUUGCCACAUUCACUGCAUCCAACACUGUUGGUGUUUACACUGCUAACUACAGAGUUUCUGACUCUAUGAAGAGCUCAACUAGUUCAAUCUCUGUAACUGUUGUAAACAACGCUCCAACUUCUCAAACCAAGACUAUUUCAGUUCCAUGGAGAACUUUCAAGGCAGGUAUUGAAAUUGAUAUCUUAAAUUAUGCUCCAGCUGAUUAUGAUACUGAUGGCGACUCAUUGAGUUUGGUUUCAAUUGCUUCUCAACCAAGUGUUGGUUCCGUAACUGUUUUGGAUAGCAAUGCAGGUACUGUUGCUUUGAGUGGUGACAAGAAAUCAUUCACAUUCACCAAUUCUAAUGGAAACUCUGCAUCACAAUUCUUCAACUAUACUGUAACUGAUGGAAUGGGAGUUUCUGCAUCAAAGGGAAUCUUUGUUACUAUUUCCAAUAGCGCUCCUACAGCAACUCCAUUAACAUUCAGUCGUCACUGGGCUAAGUUAUAUCCAUCAAGCUUAGUCAGUUCAUACAAUGGUAUCGGAGAUUACAUUGUUAUUUCUAAGGGUUCAACCAUUUGUAAUAACUUUGCCAAUUUGGUUGUUCCUGGAAGCGUUGCCACUGCUGGUUUCACUGCUCAAGCUCUUAAACCAACUGGUACUUUGAGUGUCAACAACGCUGCCUACUCAUCUGUUGUUACAUCUGCCUCAAAUCUCUACCAAUAUCUUUCACAAAAGUCUUGUGUUGCCUCUCUUGAUCAAAACUUCCCAUCUUCAGGUGUUUUGUCAUUUACUCCAGGUGUAUAUUGUUUCUCUCAAGGUCUCAAUGGAAAUGGUAAAAUUGAAUUGAGUGGAAGUGGUCUUUUUAUCUUUGUUGCCACCACAAAUUUGAAUGCUAACUUUAGUUGGAGUUUCAAGAAUGGUGCUAGUUACUUGAACGUUUUCUGGAUUGUUGGCGCUGCAGGUAUUCAAGGUACAUUCUAUGGACAUGUCCUUACCUAUGGUCAACUUAACUUCAAUGUUGUUAACAUGUAUGGUGUUAUCAUGAGUUUGGGUUCUAAUUCUUUGAAUUUGAAUAAUGUUAACUUUGGUAGUGCUCAAUUGCCAACAGGUAAUACCGCCCUUGUUUUACAAAGUGAUUUGGUAACUGUUUUCUAUAUGAAUACCUUCAUUAAUGGUCCAGGUACUGAUUCAUUCCAAUACACCAUUACUGAUCAAAUUGCCACCUCUAAUAUUGCCACUGUUAACCUUGUUUUUACCAAUACUGCUCCUCAAGCUACUUCAUUCUCUAAAACUAUUGGUUGGAAGAACACUUUGUCUUUGACAAAUGUUGUUUCUCAAUACUGUUAUGAUGCUGAUAGCGAUUCAUUGUCUUUGUUUGGAGUUGGUCAAGGUUCAUAUGGUACAACAACUGUUUCGGAUUACACUACUGGAUCUCUUGUUUACACACCAAGCUCCUCAAUUUCUUACACAACCACUCUUUCUAAUGGAACACGAUAUGUUACAGACUCCAUUAAGUUUAGUUGUUAUGAUGGUGCUCAAGUUGCAACUUAUGCUACCAUGUCUGUACUUACUUAUGCUACUACUUAUUUGGGAACUUUGCAAUUCUCUUUCACCUUGACUGAUGGUCAAUUAACUUCAACCUACACUUACACUGUUACAAUCACUGGUAAUUCUUUCGGAUGUCUUGAUUACACAAUUUCCACUACAAAGAAUUCUGCUGCUACUCAAUUUGAAGAUGCUUUAAAGACAAGUUUAACAGCAAAGGUUGGUUCUGAACCAGUCACAAUGGCUAUCACUAACACUGCUACUCUUAAUGGUGUUGGUUCCAUCUCAUCCUCUACUGGUAAAUUGACAUACACUCCAGCAAGUACCUCAUCAUCAAAUAGUGAUUGUUAUGCUUCCUAUUCUUUGACAAACACUGCUGGACAAACUGCCAUUUGUAAGAUUAUUAUUGCUCAACCUAAUCAAGCUCCAACCUUGAAUGCUUACACUUAUGUCUAUUCAAUUUCUAGAGCUAGUAAUAAUUAUAUUUCAUUUGAUUAUAUUUCUCUCUCAUCUUCAAAGGAUGCCGACACUGCAGACACUCUAGUUUUGAAGAGUAUUGCAGAUGUUGGAACUUGUAAUAGCACCGUUCUUCAAUCCUUGACAAUUGCCAGCAAUCAAGUCAAGUUUUUGAGAGUAGCAACAUUCCUUGGAAGUUGUAACUUUGUUUUAGCUGUUUCUGAUUCUGAUGCAAGAAAUCCAAUUACUAAGAAUGUUCAAGUUGGAAUUUCAGCUCUUGCUUCUCCUCCUGUUGCUGUCAAUGACUUUGUAUCAACACAAUUCAAUACCUAUAUUGAUAUCUCUGUAUCAAGUUUGUUGAGCAAUGACUAUGAUUCUCUUGGUGGUACAUUCACUUUCACUGGAAUUUCUUGUCCAUCAGGUGAUUCCUCAUAUUGUACAUCAGGCACUCCAGCCAUCCUCAACCCAGCCGAUCCUGCCAACAAUAGAAUUAUCAGAGUUUAUCCAGUUACUGGAAGUUGUAAUACUCAAAAGUUUGUUUACAGUAUCCAAUCAGAUCAAGAUGGUACCUCAGCAUCAGCUGUUGUCUCAGUUCAAUACACCAAGUGUCAAUGCGGUCUUAACUUGGAUAUCAUAUUUGUUAUUGACGGUUCUGGAAGUAUUACAGCUGAUAACUUUGUUAACAUGAAGAACUUUGCUUCCAAUUUGACAACAGGCUUUGGAUCAAACAUCUCUCCAACUGGAACAAACAUUGGUAUUAUUCAAUUUGCCUCAACUAUUACAACUCACUUGGAUUUGAAGUCUGGUACAAGUCAAUCUAGUGUUUUAACUGCCAUCAAGAAUAUGGCCCAAAUUCAAUCUGGUACCAACUCAAUUUCAGGUAUUAAUACUGCAGUUAAUAUGAUGUUGGCCUCUGGUAGAAAGUCAAUUUCUCAAAAGUUAUUGAUUCACAUUACUGAUGGUCUCUCAAAUGACCCAUGCUCUUGUGGUAGCUGUAGAUCAACCUAUUCAUCAAAUCCUGGAAACUAUGGUGUUUCCCCAUCCUAUUGUAAGAGCCCUCGCUUCCCAGGCGCAGAUUGUACUGUUUGCUCGUGGUAUGAUGAUAGAUCUCGUUGUAAUCCAUGUUCUGAUGCCACUGUUAGAUCAGUUGAUAUUAACUCUUGGUCAAUUGGUGGCUCUAAUAAUGCUGAAAUGUCACUCUAUGGCUCAGUUUGGAAUUGGAGACAGCUUGCUAUCGGAAUAGGCUCUGCUGUAACGGAUAGUUAUGGUCAAAUUCAAGUACAAAAGAUGAACUAUGAUCAAAAUAAUCUUGUCUUGGUAAAUUGGAACGAUUUGAGUAACAUUUACCAAACCAUUAUUGAUAACUCAUGUAAUAUUGUUGACACAUCCAAGACCAAUGUACUCGUUCCAUUAGCUAGCAGUGGUUACUCUGUUAAAUAUUUGGGUAAGACCUCUUCUACUGCCACAUUCUUGAACGCUUCCUCUCCAGUUACUGUUUUCACAUACAAUAUUAGUGUUGCUACUGGAUCACCUGCACUUACUAGAUUCACUCUCGAAUUACAAGCAGGAUACAACCAAGAUGCCUUCCAUGAUUAUUCACCAAGCUUCCCUGUUUACAUUGGUGCUGAUCAAAUUACUGGACUCACUGGUUUCACCUACUUGUCAUUGCCUAGCUCAUACACUAUUGCACCAGGUUCCUACAAGAUUUACACACUCAAGAUUGCAGGAGACAUUCCAGAAGGUAUUAUCAAAUUUGGCCUUGCUGGUGGUUCUCAAUAUUCUCAAGGAACAAUUACAGGUCCAUCAGGUAUCAUUACUGCUCCUUCAACUCUACCUCCAAAGGUCAACAUGGUUGAUUAUCCAUGGUAUAGAAAGAUGAGCUGUAGUACAUCAUUGGGAAGAUGUUAUUACUUUACCAAACUUCAAAACUAUUAUGCCGUUGAAUCAAUGAGUAGUUUGUGCAAGUAUUUCCAUCCAAACGCUUCAUUGGUCCAAAUUCAAAGUGCCACAGAAAAGACAUUCUUAGCCAACAAUCUCCUUCCAAAGAAUGAAACCAAUGCCUUCUUCUUAGGUACUAAGGGACAUGAAAUUUCCCAAGGCUCCUUCACAACUUGGUCCGAUGGAAGUACCAUUGUCUAUAAGGAUUGGUACAGUAGUUAUUAUCCAGCAUCUGGUGAUAGUAUUACCUAUGCUUACUUUAUGGGAUCUUAUCCAACAUAUGGUUGGUGGGCUACUACUACUCCUGAUGGAGGUAUUUAUGGUUUGGUUUGCUAUGUUCCGAUAGGACUAGUUAAUUAACCCAUAUAUCUUAAUAAAUUAUUGUUUGUC